CAUAACUUCAUAAGCUAGAGAAUAAGGCCACAGCGUUUCACGCAUCACUCAAGAGUCAUGACCAAGUAUGAUGUGUUCUAAGCUAACUUAACAUUUGACACCCCAACACGUCUACUGUAGCAGUGACGACUGAGUAAAGAAAUGGCAUCAGAAAGAAUCCUUCAUUUCUAAGUUUAAAAGCCAAAUGGUCGUUUCGUCGAUAAGAAAAUCGAGCUAUAUAUGGCCAAGCCAUUAUGACUUGCAGAGAAGUAGUUGAUCGAAUUCUGGGUUUCUAAGCCACAUAUCACAUUUCAAAGGGAGUCCUCACAAUUGCAAUGUCGUCCCAAGCUGUGAAAUUGCAUAUUCAGGAUCAUCAUGUUAUUUUGGAUAACGGCAUACUUCAAGUUACACUAUCAAAACCAGGUGGAAUUAUAACUGGAAUACAAUAUAAUGGCAUCGACAAUCUGCUUGAAAUUCAGAAUAAAGAAUCUGAUAGAGGGUAUUGGGACCUUGUUUGGAGUGAAGCAGGAAGUGUCGGAACAACCGGAACAUUUGAUGUAAUUAAAGGAACAAAGUUCACUGUAAUAGUGGAAAGCGAGGAACAGGUAGAGAUAUCAUUCACAAGAAACUGGAACCAUAAGAACAAGCAUGUCCCGCUAAAUAUAGACAAAAGGUUCAUAAUGCUUCGUAAUUCCUCAGGCUUCUACUCGUAUGCCAUCUAUGAGCACUUGAAAGAAUGGCCUCCAUUUAACCUUCCACAGACCAGGAUUACAUUCAAGCUCAGAAAAGAUAAGUUUCAGUAUAUGGCCAUAGCAGAUAACAGGCAAAGAAAUAUGCCUCUUCCUGAUGACCGAUUACCAGAUAGAAGCGAAGUUUUAGAUUUUCCAGAGGCAGUUCUUCUUGUCAAUCCCAUAGAGCCAGAAUUCAAAGGAGAGGUGGAUGACAAGUACCAGUACUCCUCCAAGAACCAGAACUUGCAAGUUCACGGUUGGAUAUGCAUGGAUCCACCCGUAGGGUUCUGGCAAAUAACACCCAGCAAUGAGUUUCGAUCUGGCGGACCUCUUAAACAGAACCUCUCCUCGCACGUUGGUCCCACUUGUCUUGCGAUGUUUCUCAGUGCUCACUAUUCAGGAGAAGACCUUGUGCUAAAGCUCAAGCCAGAUGAGCCAUGGAAGAAAGUGUUUGGUCCUAUUUUUAUCUAUCUCAAUUCCACACCCGAAGCAAUAGACUCAUUGUCGCUCUGGGAGGAUGCAAAGAAACAGAUGGUGACAGAAGUACAAACUUGGCCUUACAAGUUUCCAGCUUCUACCGACUUUCCACCAUCACAUGAACGGGGUAAUCUUAGUGGCAGAAUACAGGUUCAAGAUAGGUACUUAAGUGACACUUACAUACUCGCCAAAGGUGCUUAUGUGGGCUUGGCACCCCCUGGAGACCCUGGAUCAUGGCAGAGAGAUUGCAAGGGCUACCAGUUCUGGACAAGGGCAGAUGAGAAUGGUUAUUACACUAUAAAUGAUAUACGUGAGGGCGCCUAUGAUCUAUAUGCAUGGGUUCCUGGUUUUAUAGGAGAUUAUCGCUAUGAUGAAACUAUUAACAUAACCGCAGGUUGUAAUAUUGACAUUGGUGAUACUGUAUAUAAACCGCCAAGAAGUGGACCAACAUUGUGGGAAAUUGGCAUCCCUGAUCGUUCUGCAGCUGAAUUUUAUGUUCCUGAUCCUAAUCCAAAGUAUCUUAAUAAACUUUAUGUUAACCAUCCUGACAGGUUUAGGCAGUAUGGUUUAUGGGAAAGAUAUGAAGAUUUAUAUCCUGAGGAGGAUUUAGUAUACACCGUUGGUGUUAGUGACUAUACUAAAGAUUGGUUCUUCGCUCACGUUACCAGGAAGCAGGUUGAUGGCAAGUAUCAAGGAACUACAUGGAAAAUCAAGUUUCAACUUGACCAUGUCAAUCAGACAAAACCAUACACACUUCGGAUUGCCCUUGCUACUGCAAAUGUUGCAGAAUUACAGAUUCGUGUAAAUGAUUCCAAAACAGACUCACCACUAUUUACAACUGGAGUGAUAGGAAAAGACAACACUAUUGCUAGACAUGGAAUUCAUGGGCUCUACUGGCUGUAUAGCAUAGACAUACCGGGCACAUUGCUUUUGGAAGGAGUAAAUACAGUGUUUCUAACCCAAGCCAUGAGCAGCAGCCCUGUCCAGGGCCUUAUGUAUGACUAUAUCCGUUUAGAAGGUCCAUCAUCUUCUACUUCUACCUAAGAUAUAUGUGUCUCUAAUAGAAAUAGGAUAAAUAACAUCAAUCAAUUGGUGGAUUAUGUAUUUCUGAUGUGUGUGUAAAUUGGUUUGACUAUUAUUCCUACCAGUGUUCUAUUCCAUCAAUAAAAAAUUAUAGUGAUACACCAGAUGAAGAACACUAAAUUGUAAAAUAUAAAUGUUCAUUAAAAUCCAAUGCACACGUACUGCAAUAGAAGGCUCAUGGUGUUUGAGAUUUAGACUGAUUUGUUGAGUCUGCUCUUGGUAUCCUCGGCUGCAUCAGUAGCUUCAACUUGCAUUUUGGCAGUUACUAGGUCUGCUUCUGUUGCUUCUUUCUCACUUCUUGCUGUCAACCUCUUAGCCUGCUUCCAAAAA